AUGGAUCCUUACAAUGCUGCCUUCGUCGAAGGGCAGGAUCAGCUGGCUACAGCUUUGGCCAAUCAGGAUAUCCGGGCGUUCGUGGCCGCCUUGGACGGCGGUGCCCAAGCCGAUCUGCGGGAUGAGAGGAGCUACAUGAGCAUCUAUGAGCAAGCUCUCUCCACACCAGGCUGCAGUGCCUUCAUAGAGGCCUGCAUCGACCACGGAAGCCCAGUAAACCACAUCGAUCGCAAUUACCUAAUGAAGGCUCCCCUUCACUAUGCGGCUGAUUCAAAGGAUCCUGGAAAUAUUGCCGCGCUCCUGAAAAGCCGUCCUGGUAAAGAUAAGGUCUGGAUGAACAGAAUUUACAUACAGCUCACGGCAUUGAAUUCGCUGGCCAAGAAUCUCACGGAGGAGAAUGCCCCAGAGGUGCUAUCAUGCAUGAGACUACUCCUGGAAUAUGGAGCCUCGCCAAACAUGACCGACCAUGGCGGGAUUACGCCCCUGCAUCAUGUGCUGAUGAGCAAGGUAGAGGAUCAGAAGCCGUUUGUCCAGCUCUUUUUGGCCAAUCCCAAACUGAACAUCGAUUGCUAUCGCUACGGGGAGGUUCGGCGACUACUGCAGCUGAAGUUUCCGGAGCUACCGCUGCCGGUGGAGCGCCAGGGGAAGAUCGAUCGAAAUAGACUCGAAAAGACUCUAAUGGACGGAGACGAGGAUUUGUUCGAGAAACAGUUUGCCAAGUUUCUGCACAGCCAGAAGGGCGGGGCUGUCCAGGAGGACUUCUUUGGUCUGCUCAGCCAGAGCAUCAGAAGCGGCAGGCAGAGAGCCUUCGAAAUUAUCCUGGACAGUAAUGUCGUCAUCAACUUCUGCCAUGGCGGCAGCACUGUCUUCAAUCUCCUCGAGCUGGCCAUAUUAUUGGGCAACUGGCAGGCGCUGGAGCGACUGCUGAAGGAGCCCAAUCUGCGACUGACUCCCCUCUCCAGGCUUGUGAACAUGGCGAUUUUUCACCUGGAGAACUCGACCUUGGAUGCCGACAGGCACCAGCGCUGCUUUGAGGUGCUCCUGGACUGCGAUCGGGUGGACAUCAACGAGGCUGAUCCAGGUCACUGGCUUCCGCUUUCGUAUGCCGCGAAAUUGGGUUCCACGCUGGCGAUGCGGAAGCUCCUGGAGCGAGGCGCCUACAUCGGCUCCAAGUGCGAUUCGAAGGCCCUGCCCAUCAAGUACAUUCCGCACAAGGUGCUCAAGGAGCACUUUGACUCCUGCAUCACCGCGAGCCGAGAUGAUCCCGGUGCCCAAGGCUAUGCGAUUACCUUCGACUACAGAAACCUGAUUGAUUUCGCGGAGAUCAGCAAGCACGACGAGAUGAGGCCCAUCGCCUUCAUGGCCAGGUCAAAGGAAAUGCGCUACUUUCUGCAGCAUCCCCUAAUCUCGAGCCUUCUGCUCCUCAAGUGGAACAGACUUUCGAUAAUAUUCUACCUGAACUUGCUGCUCUAUUCCUUUUUUGCCGUCUCCCUCAUCACCCACACGAUCCUUAAAGUCCACGACGCCGAACCGAGUAUUUUCAUACUGUUUUCCUGGAUGGGAAUCGGCUAUCUCAUCCUUCGGGAGGCAAUCCAAUGCAUGAUCGAUCCAAUUAAGUACCUAAGGUCCAUGACAAACAACAUGGUAUGGGCUCUUAUAAUACUAUCGAUCUUUAGUUGCCUUGAAUCCGCCGAAAAGGAGACUGAGCGCGUCCUGGCCGCCUUUACCAUCCUGCUGGCCUCUGUGGAGUUCUGCCGCCUGGUGGGAUCUGUCCCAGUGCUUUCAAUUUCGACGCACAUGCUCAUGUUGCGAGAAGUCUCGACUAGUUUUGUCAAGAGCUUUUCCCUGUACUCUAUCUUUGUGCUCACCUUUAGUCUGUGCUUCUACAUCCUUUUCGGUCAGCCGGCUUCGGAUUCUGCGAAAGAAGAGUAUCCGAAUUUCGACUUCACCACCCCUUUUGUAGCCCUGGCUAAAACCAUUGUGAUGAUGACGGGCGAGCUUAAUUCCGGGGAACUCAAGUUCACUACGGUCUACACCUAUUUGAUCUUCGUGCUCUUCGUGUUGUUCAUGACAAUUGUGCUGAUCAAUCUACUAAAUGGAUUGGCCCUAAGCGAUACCCAGGAAAUCAAAAAACAGGCCGAACUCAAUGGCGACAUCUGCAGGACCAACCUGCUGUGUCGAUAUGAACGGGUUCUGACUGGUCGCCGGCAGGCUGGUCUUUUCAAGAACAAUCGUUUAUUGUCGCAUAUUUACCAUCGGUUUCUGCACAUCAACCCCAACUUUCUGAGCCAGCGAAAGAUUUCUAUUCUGCCAAACGAUGGAAACAAGGUGCUCAUGACCGUGUGCCAUCCCUGCGAGAUGAGGAACUUCGGCUUCCAAAAGUGGUUUAACUCACCGCAGAAGAUUGCGUACCGCUGCUGCUCCAAGGUCUUCGGAAGGCGCAUCCAGAUGGACGACCGCACGGUCAUGAUGGCUCUAGAGGUGCUUGACCAAAAUAACAGUGCAAAGAAAAUGCACAAGCUGGAGGAGAUCAAGGAGGAGCAACAGCGCGAGAAGGAGGAGGUCAAUGACAGUCGGCUUAGGCUCAUUGAGAACAGACUGGAGGAGGUGAUAAUGUUGCUCAAGGACCGGAAUUGA